AUGGAGGGCCCACUGGGCCCUGAUGUCGGCAUAGCGAGCCUGGUGUCGCUCCCUGCGGACUUUGAGACGCUGCACUUCUUCUAUGGAAACGAGGAGACGGGGGGCCGCCCGGUUGGGCCGUGCUCGUGGGAGGUACUGCGUGGGUUGUGGGCCAAAGGGGACAUCUCGCUGGAGACGCUCAUCUGGUGCAAAGGGAUGAAGCGGCAAGAAGCCAUCAGUGCUGUGGAAGAUCUGCCAGCCUUGCUGGCGGCCGCUGAGUCGGAGCCUGCACACAUGGACAAGCAUGACAGCAGGCAAGAAUCUGAUGGCGAGGUGGCCCAAGCAGCGCAAGAGAAUCAACCAGAAGCAGGCGGCCAGUUAAAGCUGCAAUUUGAAAAGGAACGACAGACAGCCACGCCCAAAAUGUCUGCACCACCUCCCGGCAAGAUCCUCCACGCUGGAAGCCUGGGGGGCAGCGAGAGCCGGCUGCUGCGCGAGGGGCGGCGGAGCCACGCCCUGCCAACCGGGAGCUCAACCAACCUGGCUGCACUCGAGGAGAACCAGCAGGCAGCUGCUGAGGGGGCCAGUGCAGGGUCCAGGUCGGAGCGGCUGGAAUCGCUUGAAACCGAGGUUGCUGAGAUGAAGAGGCUGCUGCGUAGGAGUAGCGUAGAGAGCAAUGGCAGCGCAAAGAAAGCUCCUAGCAGCGGAAGGCAGAGUCUGCCUGGUCAGGAAGGCUGCCAAGAAGAGCAAGGGCAGACGGGGGCCUCAACGGGAGCACUGGAAGCGGCAGCUCUACCCCCUGCUCCGUCCAACAAGAUCAAGCGGCGGGCCAAAAAGUCGAUCGAGCUGGGCAGGGGGGUCGUCCACGCGGGCUCAGUAGGGGGCGAGGAAGGGGUUGAGACUAGAGCACUGUAUGCCGGCAGCCUGGGGGGCCAGCUUCCGGACGCUGGCCAAACAGGAGCCAUAGUCGUCGCAGUUGAGGAGCCAAUCACAGGGGGGGAGGAAAGCCAGCCUACCGACAUUACUGAGGAAAUGGUGCCGCCAGCUAGGAGCCAGAGGUCAAAACGGGCCAAAGGGGAGAAACCGAAAAGGAAGAAGAGGGCGGGCACUGCCAAAAUGGACGGAGGUUUUGAGGUGAAUCCGCUGGAAGCACAGGGCGUUGCUAUGGUGGACGUGGAGGGUCCUGCCUUGGAGACACAGGUGCCAAUGGCGAAGAGAACGAGCAGCAGGCGAAGCUCUGUGGAGGGGCAGCUGUCAAAGCGAUCGUCCCAGAGCAGCGUCACCGCGCCUGAGUACGGCGCUCUUGAGGACGGGGCCCCACCUAGAGAACAGGAUGACGCAAAGGCGGAAGAAAACGGAGCAGAGGAGGACAAGAGCCUUGACUUGGACGAGGUCCUGGAGUUGGGAGAUAAUGAAGGGGCAGUCAGAAGAAUGAGCCGGGCAAGUGAUGGUGGAGAGGAAGAGCCGGCUGUGGUAGAAGGCAGUUUCUCUCCAGAUGGCACCCUGGAGGUGAAGGCUGCUGGGAGAAGCGGUGCGGGCGGCAGAUCCAGUUCAGUGAGCAACGAGGUGGAGCUAGUGGGGGGGCCGCUCAGCAGGAAAAGCAGCACCGGCAGCGUGGGCCAGGGGGCCCCCUUGACGAGCAGGGAGUCGAUUGGGGAUGGCAGAGCAAGCGUGGUGGCUGGUGGAACGAAAAAGGCACAAGGCGUGUUCACAAGGGCCCGCCAGAGCAGUAUGGAUGCCGAGGAGCGGAGCGGACGGGCGAGUCGUCGAGGGUCGACGUACUCGGAGCUGGCGGGCAGACGGAAAGGCCGGAAAUACAUCCUGGACUCGGCGUCGGAGGACUCGUCCGAUGCAGAGAGCGUGAACCAAGAGGCGCCGCAUGGCAUGGGGGGGCUCAAGGGCGACAAGAACGCCGGUGAAAGUGGUACCACCACCCCCUCGGAGCAGAGCCGCAAUUCAGAGGCGAAUGCGUUGGCAGCCAAACAGUUGCAAGAGGAAAGAGCGGGGCAAAAACAGGCGCCAGGACAGGAUGACGUCAGCGACGAGGAGGAAUCUGACGCCGAGCAGAGCCCGUCGGCGCGUGUGCCCGCUCCGCUGCCGUUCCUGGGGACGUACUUCCGGGGCUUGGGCCCGUUUGCCAAGCCCACCAAGGCCGCCAAGGCCUCGCAGACCGUGGGAAGCGGGCUCGCAGAGGCGCCCACCGCCGCGCACUACUCGUCACUGGCGGGGGCGCACAGCGGGCAGCUGCCGGACUCGCCAAAUGCGCUGAGCGCAGAGAACAGCUUCCGGGAGGCGCUCUCCAAGGUGGUCGCGGAGAACGCGGAGCUACGGGGGGGCAAGGAAGAAGAGUGCGAGCAGGGAGAGCAGACGCCGAGCGAGGCUGGCUCCGCAGUGGCCGAGGGAGUGCUGGCAGAGGAGUACCUGGCGGGACUGACCAGGGCGGAGCUGGAGGCCAAGUGCGUGCGGCUCGCCAAAAAGGUGCGUGCGCUGCGGCAGGAGAAGGAGGAGCUGUCGGGGCUGCUGCUGCUGCGCCGCCGCCAGAGUGUGGGCGUGGAGCCCGACCCCCUUUCUGAGCUGGACCGGGUGGCGGCCCUGGUGUCCCUCGCCCAACGCUUUUCUGUGGCGAGAGAGCUCAUCAGCCCCCGCCCGGGCAGUAAAACUGCGGAGAUGAGCAAGGUCCGCGAGUUGGAGGUGCGGCUGGCGCAAUUGGCGGAGCUGCUGGAAGGGGCCGCGCAGGAGCUGCAGGCCGCGGAGCAAAAGCAGACCAAGGUGGCCGGCGGCAUCGCCGCUUCGCCGCAGGCUGACAGCGGGUUGGGCAGCCAGAGCCGCCGCAGAUCCAGCCACGAGCCCCGGCUCGCCAUCGCCAAAGCGGAGGGGCUGCUUCACGUGGGCACGACGAGGGAGGACAGCAUCGACGCCCCUUCGUCUAGUGGCACGCCGAGCGCCCCCCCGGCAGAGAAACGCACCCUGUCCCCGGCCCAGCUGGCGGACCUACUGGCGUACAAGAGCCUAAGCCCCAGGACGGCACCCCGGGAGGAUACGGAGCGGCCCCUGCUGCGCAGCAUGUCGGCGGAGAUGCGGCAGCGCGCGCAGGCCAAGAAGAUGGACCACCUGGUGCGCGCGCUGCACGACGCGUACCGGGCGCAGACCGGGAGGAAGCUGCCGCUCGUCAAGGUGGAGGGCGGCGUGUACCGGCUGGCGGGGCGCAAGGUGCACCUGGCGGUGGCCAACGAGCGGCUGUGCCUCAAAGCUGGCGGCGGCCUGCAGGACUUCGCCGACUACCUGGGCCGCACCACCAUCAGGACCGCGCCUUGA